AAAAAUCUAUCAUUCAUUCACAAUCAAAUUUAUAAUCAUUCGAAAAAAAAUUCUCUAUCGUUUUCAACAAGUAUUUUUCUAAUUAUAAUAAUAAUAAUUCAAACAAUCGGAAUGGAUAUCAGCUUGAUGGGAUUCGACACUCCUCUGUUUCUACAUAACCUUCAUCACAUCCUCCUCGACCCAUCCAAUGACGCCAACACCAAAUCAUCAUCAUCGAACAAAAAUACGAAUGUCGGGGAACCGGGUCGGGCUUAUGUAAGAGACGCAAGAGCAAUGGCGGCAACCCCAGCUGACGUGAAAGAAUACCCGAAUUCGUACGUGUUCAUAAUCGACAUGCCCGGUUUGAAAUCUGGUGAUAUAAAUGUGCAGGUUGAAGAUGAGAAUGUUUUGGUGAUAAGCGGAGAAAGAAAAAGAGAGAAUGAAGGAGAAAAAGAAGGUGUCAAGUAUGUACGGAUGGAGAGGAGGAUUGGAAAAUUUAUGAGGAAGUUUUCGUUGCCCGAGAACGCGGAUACGGAUAAGAUAUCUGCGGUUUCUCAAGACGGAGUUCUUACUGUUACUGUUGAGAAGCUGCCUCCGCCCGAGCCCAAGAAGCCCAAAACCAUCCAGGUUCAGGUCGCCUAGACCGAUUGGGCCCGAAUUCGGCAUGUUUAGGUGUAUGGAGUAACAGUAGUAGUACUGUAGUAGUAGGAUUUCUGAUGAAUAACUUGGAUUUUGUUGAGUGAUGUGUUAUUUUGUUAUGUUUUUAUUAAGUAAUCUAAUGUGUUUGCUAUUAUGAAUAUUAAUGUUAGUAUUA